GACUGCUGCGUGUGUGUGUGUGUGGUCACAUGACGAGAAAGAAGCAGGAAGUAGUUCGCCGAGUUCGCAUCACCGGACAGAUGAGUGUGCGUGCGUUGUGGAUUAUUUCGCACGACAAGGGAGACAAUGUGUCGAUACGCUUUUCAAGGAGGUUUGCAACUGUGGAGCACCGUGCAAAGCGCCUGGCUGGUUCCUCGUAUGUUGCAGUCCCAGACGAAAGCACUGUGCUGCAUCUCCUGCUCACUGAGCUGGGGCUUUCAGACUCAGAUAAGUCCUAUGUAGCUGUCAGAGAUGAUUGCCUUAAUUGUCCGCGAUCACCAGCUCUGGAGCUGCAUGCGGACAGUCCUGAUAAAGGAGUACUUUGGCCAGUGUUGGCCAUCUCACAAGGGCCUCUCAUCCUAGCUUGCCUGCCUCUUGUGGAUGCCCCUCCUGAGCCAAGACCCCCCCUUUCUAGCCUGUUGUCUGUCUCCCAGGGCCUCACACUUCUGUCGGGUCUGCAGGCUUUUCUCCUGUCCUCUGGAGGCAAAACUGACGUUGAGGGGCUGGCCUCUCGUUUGGCCAUGCUGCCCUCUGUACUCUCGCAGAUUUGUCCACUUGGCACACCCCUGGAUGUGCCGUUACUGGGGUCACCGGCUUCACCCACAGUGCCUGGGCCUGCUGGGAACCAGAAGCAGCCAGCCUGGAAGACAGGGCUCCAUCGAGGCAGAGCUGUGGUGAACGUAGCACUAGUAGAAACAGUUCGCUCCAUGCAGUAUGGUAACCGCGGCAGACAGGACCUGUGGGAUGUUUAUGGCACUGUGACAUGCAAAUGUGAAGUAGAAGGUGUGCUCCCAAAUGUGACGGUGACCCUCACACUUCCACCAAAUGGUUCUCCGCUACAGGACAUCCUGGUUCAUCCCUGUGUCACCUCACUGGACUCCAGCAUCCUCACUGCCAGCAGUGUAGAUAACUAUGACGGCUCAGCUUUCUCAGGGCCUUAUAAGUUCCCCUUCUCUCCUCCUCUGGAGCCUUUCAGACUAUGCAGUUACACAUCUCAGGUUCCUGUUCCACCUAUCCUGGGUUUGUAUCAACUGAAGGAAGAAGAAAACCAGCUGCGUGUUUCAGUGACCCUCAAGCUUCAUGAGAGUGUGAAGAACAGCUUUGAGUAUUGUGAAGCACACCUGCCAUUUUUUAACAGGGAUCAGAUGGGCGUUGUGGAUGUGAAGGUGAGCUCAGGACAACUGGAUAUUUCAAAGGAGAAGAACCUGCUGAUCUGGGGUCUGGGACAAAAGUUUCCUAAAUCACGUGAGGUCACAUUGGAAGGCAAGAUCAGCUUUUCUGGGCCAACGCCAGGACCCAAUGACCCCCUCUGCAUUGGACUCACAGCUUAUGUCAAAUUGUAUUUCAAAGUGCCUGACAUGACGCUCUCCGGAUGCUGUGUGGACCAGCAUUCAGUGCAAGUUUAUUCCUCUGCCAAACCACGGAUUGCAACAUCUCGUGAACUUCUAUCCAAAGAGUACUUCCUAUGGAAUUCCACAGGAACAGCUCCGGUAUCCUCAGGGCAAAUGAUGCUGUAGAAUCUAGGACUAUUCAAAUCAGAGGCACAAACUGGAAAUGAAACCAUCUAAAACCCAAGUGUUACAAUCCUGCUGUUACUGGGUAACUUAGUAAUAGGAAAAAUAUUUACAAAAAUAGUGAAAAUAUUGAAUAGAUUUUACAUUUGUAGCACCUACAUGUGAAAUCAUUUAGCUUUCACUCAGAACAGCUUCAGUGUGCAGAUUUCUGGCUUUCAGAAUCCGUUGACGGAUGGAUACUUUUUUUCUUCAAAAACCUUCCCCUGUAGCCUAACUUCUUUCAUCCCCCAGUCUUCACCCUCCCUUAAAUUUAUCCCAUUGCAGACACAAGGGCCACCCCUCGCUCUGACAGUCCCACUUCAGUGACUCUCCAUCAGCCGGAUAAUUAGCAGCUGGGGCCUUGUCAUCAGCUGUUGUGGAGCUGGACGAGAGGGGCGGCUGGGCUGUGAAAGGCUAGACUGCUCUGGCCAGUGUCUUGGCUACAAAAGGCUACUCUUUUAGAGCUGGCAGGAGUCCUUUUCACCCCCCCCCCUUUUCAUCCCCCACCCCCCACCCUUUUUGACCCCAUCCCCGCCCUGUCAACUAGUGGCUAGUUCAAACACACAGCCUCUCAAAGCAGACUGUGAUUGAGCGCUGACCCUCUGGCCCUCAGAGACUUGAAAGCAGCCGGUCCCAUUCAGAGAGCUGUACCUGCCUAAUUAGUGAAAAAAGUCACAAGGAUGGAAGUCACAAAGAUAGCCGCCUCUUGAGCGUGCACAGGUGCUUCAACUCAAUUAACGUGAAACUUUAAAUUAAAUCUUUUCAAUGUUUUUUUUGUGUCGCAAAAAUGUUCAAGGUUAACCUCUCUUCAUACUGAAGAUUUCUGGUUAUUCUGUUUUGUAUGUUUUUUCGGUUUUUAUUAUUUCACCUAAACUAUGAUACCUUUCAUACUAGCUCUGUUACACUUCCACUGUGAACGAUUCACCUCAGUGUUUUAAGUUGAAAGCACAACCAGCAGAUGAAGGGUUAAAUCAUAGGAGAUUGUGGCCCACUAUUCCACAGCAGCCAGACUCCUCUGAGUGCCCUCAUUGUCUGAUGUUGGCCUCUUUUGCCCCUUGCUGGUCCAAAUGCUACAUUCUCACGUGGAUUUCCACUCAGAAGGCUGACCAUGACCAAUCCUCUGUCAAUUGGAACCAAUUGCUCACACGGCAUCCUUCACCUUCUUUUUAUGUAGCAGUACGGAGUGGCAGACACCGAGACCUCUCGGCUCUCCCCCUCCACCGUGAUUUGGCUUUAAUGCCCAGUGUGUGUAGCUAGCGAACUGGAAAAGUAGAAGAUUUUUUGAAGACUUGGGCCACUCUAAAUCUCCUCAGUAUCCCAAUAUGUGGUCAGUCUGGCUCCUCAAGUCUGCAGUCAGUGGCCUCUCACUGGCAGACUUUGCUUUGUUGAUUGAAUGAAUGGCUAAGUACAAGGAGUUGUUUUAAUGUGUUGUUCUGCACCAGUGCCUCCAGAUCAUACCUUUGGGUCUUUAAUAUCACAGUGUUUUCCACAAUCGUGACUGGUGUAUUUAUUUCAUCAUUGUUUCAACUUUCAUUCUCGCAUAAAGAAAAUAAAUUUAACACUUUUGUACAAUAAUCAGCAAAAUAAAACUAACAUGGGCCAGAAGCAAUUUAUGAAAGUAAAGCCUCUGUGUGGAUUGUCAUAAAUCAUUUAAAUAGAUCAUGAGGUAGCAUAGCCAUAUGUGUCAAAAUGUGCCCCAGAUACCAAAUAACAUAAAAUUGUUACACUUAAAGAAACACUGCAGGUGUUUUCUGUUUAGCUGUGAGAGGUCACUCCUGUCCCUCAGCCCAAUAAUGACACCCAGUGGUAGAUCACAAUAAAGUUUAUGUUCGACAGCA